GGAUACAGGCACACAGAUGGCAGAUAACAGUAAAACAGAAGAUACUGCUUCGGAUUCUCUGGAGGCUGCUAAAAAUGCAACCAACAAAAAAGAAAAGUUAGCAGACCAAGUGAUGCAAAAUCCACAGGUCCUGGCAGCUCUGCAGGAAUGUCUUGACAACACAGCACUUACUCCUUCAAGUUACAUCGAAACUUUACCAAAAGCAGUGAAAAGAAGAAUUGAUGCCUUGAAACAGCUCCAGGUGAAAUGUGCCCAUAUAGAAGCUAAAUUCUAUGAAGAAGUACAUGAUUUAGAGAGAAAAUACGCUGCACUCUAUCAACCCCUUUUUGAUAAGAGAAGAGAGUUUAUUAAUGGGGAAGCUGAACCCACAGAUGCAGAGUCAGAGUGGCACAGUGAAAAUGAGGAGGAAGAAAAACUGGCUGGAGACCUGAAAAAUGAAAUGGUAAUAGAAGAAAAAGCAGAAGAGACAAAUGUCAAAGGAAUUCCAGACUUCUGGUUUACUAUCUUUAGGAAUGUAGAUAUGCUAAGUGAAUUAGUACAAGAAUAUGAUGAACCUAUCUUGAAACAUCUGCAGGAUAUUAAAGUGAAGUUUUCUGAGCCUGGACAGCCUAUGUCUUUCUCAUUAGAGUUCCACUUUGGGCCCAAUGACUACUUUUCUAAUUCUGUCCUGACAAAAACAUACAAGAUGAAGUCGGAGCCAGACAAGACAGAUCCCUUUUCAUUUGAAGGACCUGAAAUAGUUGAUUGUGAGGGGUGUACUAUUGACUGGAAGAAAGGAAAAAAUGUUACAGUCAAAACAAUCAAGAAAAAACAGAAACACAAGGGUCGAGGCACAGUUCGGACAAUUACCAAACAAGUACCUAACGAUUCUUUUUUUAACUUCUUCAGCCCAAUAAAGGUAUCUGGUGAUGGAGAGUCACUGGAUGAAGAUUCAGAAUUGACUUUAGCAGCAGAUUUUGAAAUUGGACACUUCUUCCGUGAAAGGAUAGUUCCUCGUGCCGUGCUGUACUUCACUGGGGAAGCUAUAGAGGAUGAUGAUAACUUUGAAGAAGAUGAAGAAGGUGAAGAGGAGGAGUUGGAGGGGGAAGAGGAGGGAGAAGAAGAGGAAGAUGCAGAGAGUGAUCCUAAGGUGUAAUAUAAGUCUGUUUAUCAUUCAUACAUUUCUAGAAAGAUUCCAGCCAGCCUGCUGAAUGCAAACAACAGUAAUAAGGAAAUACCACUUGGAAGUGAUAUUUGAACAACUUGUAACAAAUAGGUUGGAUUACCUGGCCUGCAGUUCAGGAUAUUCCAUCGCUGCAGCACAAUCUUAUUAACAAUGCUUAAAAUUAAUUUGUUUUAAAAUGCAUGAUUUUCACUAACUUUAUUGCUUAACAUGUACAGUGGCAACUUCAAUGCAUUUGGGAAAUAUGAGGUUUAAAUAAAGCACACUCUACAGCCGUUGGUACACUGUAGCUAAGUAUGUCAGUAGGCCUCUAGAGCCUUUUGCCCUAUGCAUAGGGGAAUAGUCCAGACUACCACGUGAGGAUUAUCCAUUUCCUUGUUAACCAUUGAAAACCAUGGAAUAGCAACGUGCUGAGAAGCUAAAGUAAAUGGAUUACAUGUAUGGUAGCUGAAACAGAUAGAGCAAUAUGACUUUUUUGCUAGUUCCCUCCCCCCUUUUCUAAUGUUUCUUGCAACCUACAGAUUGAACUAGUGCUUGAGCAGCUUUAAAUGUCAUAUUUAUUAUCUCAGUACAACCAAUUGAGUUGAAGUAAUUUUACUUCAUUGAAGAGGGUGUCAUAUUUGAGACUUAGUUGUUCAUCUUACUAUUUAUUUAUUCUUGUAUGUAAGUACUUUGACAGAAUUAGUGUUUUUGAUAGUUUUUAAUAUACUUGAAAAAUCUUCCUCUUUUGCAUACACUAUUAUGGGUACUUGGAAAACAAAUGAUUCAAAUCAGUCUCAAUAUAGUAGUCUAGGCAGAAGAAACAAACUUGCAUCAAAAUGACAACUCUUCUGGAUGAAGAUCAAAAUGCAAAGACCAAACUGUUGCUGUUGAUGGAAGUGGGUUGCAGCCAAAGAAUCAGGAAAUUUCCAGUAGUCUUAUUUCUUAGUGUCCAGCAUGAAAGGACCUUUCACUGCGAACACGGAAAUUUAUCAAAAUGAGUCAGUUCAAUAAAUCUGAAGUGUUGGUGUCUUACUUGCAACACUGAAAUUAUUCCAUUCCACAAUUUGUUUUAUUUCAAAGUUCUGAAGUCUUCAAAACUACCUUUCAUUGUUGUGUGGCACUUCAGGUACACGUUUCUAGUUUCAGCAUCCAUUGCCAACCUCUGGCAGCAGUUGAAUAGCAGCUGUAUCAACACUGUGACCAGGCAUGUAGAGUGCUCCAGCCUUACCUUACACAUUUGUAACUUAAUACAGUGUUUUCAAUUUGUACAGAAUAGAUAGAAUAUUCUAUUAAAGUUGUGAAACAUGA